GACCGUGUGACCCAGGCCAACAUCGCCGCGGAGCUCAAGUGCAACGUGGAGCACCUCGGGAACACCGUGGUGGACCGCCUGGAGACGAUGGAGGCGGACCUCAAGGCCCACGUCGGCGAGCGCCUCGCCAGCGAGCGCAGCUCCCGCGCGCUCGAG